CUAUCUCCUUGCCAAAUUUCAUUACGAUCCGUUCAGCCGUUCAGCCGGGAAAAGGUAACAAACAAACAGACAGACAGACAGACAGACAGACAGAGUUACUUUCGCAUUUAUAAUAUUAGUAAGGAUUAAUUUUUAGCGAACACCGAUAAAGUGUACUGACCGUAUUGGUGUGUCAAAAACUAUCCUUUUAAUACUUCAUGUUAUAAUUAUUUAUGGUUGUGAAGUAAAAAGGAAUAUAAAUGUUCGACGCCAUGUUGAAUUGAAAGAAAGAUGGCUGCCGUGUGCGCGAUGCAUGUUUAACGUAAUGACCAAGAAAAUGAAAACAACGCUGCCGUGCUGUUUGUGGUUCCAUAGGUUGAGGAGGUCAGAGUUGGCGCAGCGUCUGAACGUCCCGUUUCCCCCGCAGCUGAACCCGGGUGGCUGUCUAGGGGAAAGGGGGAGGUAGUCUGCCCGCGUGGAGGGACCCGGACUCCGGCAGUCGUCGCGCCGUCGGCCGUCAUGGCGGCAGCUCGCCUCGCGCUGCUUGUAGCGGCCCUGGCGCUGGCGGCGGCGGGGGAGCAUCAGACCUCCCAAGUCGUGCUCGAGGUCUGGCCGGGCGUCGACCUGCGGCUGUCGCUCGCCGGGGACUCGCUGCUCGUCGGACUGCAGCUCCACCCAGAAGAGGUGGCUCGCAAGAAGUCCGAGUCAUUCGGCCUCAUGCCCUUCAUGAUGAUGGGCCCCAUGAUCUCGCUAGGGCUGUUCCCCUUCAUGUUCGCCAACCUAAACAUGAUGGUGAUGAAGGCGGUGAUGAUGAACAACAUGGUGCUGGGUAUGGCACUGUUCAACACCAUCCGCGACGUGGUCUUUGGUCCUAACCCGGGGCGCAAGGUCGUCUACGCGAACUACGGCUACAGAAGGCCGCGGCCGCCCAUCAGGGAGACUCACUGGUCAACCCAGCAUGACCUGCACACAAGCGCGUCGUCCCACAAAGACCAUAAGUCAACUGGGACACUCUUCCGAAACAACUUCCCCCAUGGGACCAGGCUCGUAUCUCCCCAGUAUCUCGUUUCUCCAGCUCCAAAAGAGGAAAUUCAUCAGCCCCAGAAGUCUCCCCACGUGAGUGACCAUGUUCCCUUUUCUUCUCAAGAAGAACUACAAAAGUUUUUUGUUGCGAAUGAAGCAAUUUCGGGCACAAACGACCAUGUAGUCAAUCUCCUUGCUCCUCCUCCUGUAGUCCCCGAAGAUAAUCAACAUUACGAACAGCUCAAUUUUGGCGACCAGAAUGCAAUGACUUUCCCCGAAGAAUCUGUAAUAUCUUCUUACGCGGCUAGUGUGCCGGAGAAUGUCUUCGCUGGAGCAGAAGUUACAUCGAGCGUCCAAGAUUCCACUCAUGGGAAUUCUCAUCAACAUGAUCCUACUGUGGUCAACCGAGAAGGCCAACGAGAAGACAGUUUCUCUGGACAAAGUCCAGAAUCCUUGUAUGUGGCUAGUGGACAGGGUAGGAUCUUCGCUGGAGAUAAAGGGACCUCCAGCGACCAGGACAUUUCACAUGGAUCCCCCCAUAAAUUUGUCCAUCAAACUAUUCCCCAAGAAGAUCAUCAGCUCCAUGGCUAUUUCCGUGUGAGUGACUAGAAUGGAGAGACACUCUGAAAAGGUGACCUGUUACAGUCUUUCUCAAGUAAUUUGUCUAAACAUUUGUCAGUUCUUAGAAAUAGUGCCAAUGGUCUACGUGUUUGUGAACAACUUUUGUCAGUGGUCUUGAACCAAAAAAUCAUAUGCUACUUUGAAAAUGGCAGCUGGGAAAUGAGUAUCGCUGGUACUAUUUUUGAUAGCUGUCAACUUGGAGACACGUUAUGUUACACAGACUGUGCCUUCGUAGUGUUGGGAUGAGUUCUCCUCUAGUGAAGAAAGGAGGGCCUUCCGGCGCGCUGUGGUCCGCGGACCCGGCCUCAAUCUUCGACGGGGCGUCGUCGUCGUGUGUUCCGGUGGCGCGAGGUACCCGUGGGCGCCGGCCGAGACGGGGCCGGAGCGAGAGGAGGUCAGUGGUGCGCCCACCGGGGAAAACGUUCUCUCCAGCUGCUCGAGGCACACCCCGCUGGGAAGACCACGUAACGCUCUGACCAUAGCCCAAUGUUGAUCUGUACCAUGGAGGUGUUAGUCUGUGGCGAGUGUGUCUGUUGUAAUGAUCAAGUCACUCCCCAUAGCAAUUUUUUAGCAGAAAAAAUAAACCGAUCCUUGA